AGGCCAGUGAUGGCGGCGCUGGUGGAGUCGGUGGCUGCAGAGCCCGGCGGCCGAAGCGGCCCUGGCAGAGGUCGAGCCCCUCGGGGACGCUUGGCCAAUCAGAUCCCCCCUGAGAUCCUGAACAACCCCCACCUGCAGGCAGCCAUUCAAGUCUUGCCUUCCAACUAUAACUUUGAGAUUCCCAAGACCAUCUGGAGGAUUCAACAGGCUCAGGCCAAGAAGGUGGCCUUGCAAAUGCCUGAAGGCCUUCUCCUUUUUGCCUGCACCAUUGUGGAUAUCUUGGAAAGGUUCACAGAGGCCGAAGCGAUGGUGAUGGGUGAUGUGACGUAUGGGGCCUGCUGUGUGGAUGACUUUACUGCAAGGGCCCUGGGAGCUGACUUCCUGGUGCACUAUGGCCACAGCUGCCUGGUUCCCAUGGACACCUCGGUCCAAGACUUCCUGCUGUACGUCUUUGUGGACAUCCGGAUAGAUACUACCCACCUCCUGGAUUCUAUCCGCCUCACCUUCCCCCCAGCCAGUUCCCUUGCCUUGGUCAGCACCAUUCAGUUUGUGUCAACCUUGCAGGCAGCUGCCCAGGAGCUGAAAGCUGAGUAUCGUGUGAGUGUCCCACAGUGCAAGCCCCUAUCUCCUGGGGAGAUUCUGGGCUGUACAUCCUCCCACCUGCCCAAAGAGGUGGAGGCUGUUGUAUAUCUUGGAGAUGGCCGCUUCCAUCUGGAGUCUGUCAUGAUUGCUAACCCUAGUGUCCCCGCUUACCGAUAUGACCCAUACAGCAAAGUCUUAUCCAGAGAGCACUAUGACCACCAGCGCAUGCAGGCCAACCGCCAAGAAGCCAUAACCACAGCCCGCUCAGCUAAAUCCUGGGGCCUUAUCCUGGGCACUUUGGGCCGCCAGGGCAGCCCUAAGAUUCUGGAGCACCUGGAAUCUCGGCUCCAAGCCUUGGGACUUCCAUUCAUGAGGCUGCUGCUCUCUGAGAUCUUCCCCAGCAAGCUUAGCCUGUUUCCUGAGGUGGAUGUGUGGGUGCAGGUGGCAUGUCCACGCCUUUCCAUUGACUGGGGCACAGCCUUCCCCAAGCCGCUGCUGACACCCUAUGAGGCAGUGGUCGCCCUGAGGGACAUUUCCUGGCAGCAACCCUACCCCAUGGACUUCUACGCCGGCAGUUCCUUGGGGCCGUGGACAGUGAACCACGGACGGAACCGCCCCCCCCAGGCCCUGGGCCGGCCGUCGCUGACGAAGAUGCAAAUACAGGAGGAGCCCACGCGCCCUACUCCAGCAGCGGCCUGCAACGAUUGCAGCUGCAGAGAAGAAAAGGGAGCUCCGCUCAUUCCGUAGACCCUCCUUGGUCUCAGAGCCCUGCCUUCCGGAGGAGCAGCCUCGAGGCUGGUGGUUUUCAGAACAGGAAGCAGACGUUUUCAACGCCCUGAGCCAUCCCA